AUGGCAUUCAUUUUUUUCCAGGAGAGUAAUAAAAGUAAUCAUGUAACUCUUACAGUUAGUGAAGUUUGUGAAGUACUAGUUGUAACUAUUGUUUUAUUCUAUACGAUUGUAUCAUGUCAUAAGUGCUUUAAGUCAUGUUCUCAAUUACCAUUACCAUUAUGUUAUAUGUAUUUGCCAUGUCCCAAACCAUUACCAUUCUGUUAUAAACUUUUAUUAUGUUCAUCACAUUUACUUAUUGAUUUAUUUUUUUUGCUACUAGCGAAUUUGGCUUUGAUUGUGUAUUGUUGUUUUACUUUGUACGGAUCUUCAAAAUCUUCACCAAGACGCCUCAUAGAAGGCUUAACAUUCACAGCUUCAUUUAUACCAAUAGUUCAGUCAACAGUACAAUCAAUUAUUAUUUUCUAUAUUUGUACGAGUCAAACAACAAGAACAAAGGAAGAAACAAGUCCGUCGCCUGAACCCGGUAGCGAUGUACAGCACGGCGUCAAAACAUCUAAACCAAUAUUACAUACAGAUUAUAUUAAUAUCUGGAUAACACUAAGUUUUGGAAUAUGGUUAUUUGAUACGUUUAGCGCUAAAGAAUAUGAGACAAAUGAAAUUCAGAUACGUUUUUACGGUGAAAGUACUUGGAAAGUUAUAGGCAGCAUUUUGAUACCUCUGGCUAUAUUCUUUCGUUUUCACAGCUGUAUUAUGUUUCUUAAAAUAAAGAGUAACAAGUAUAAUCAUUAA